GGCCUCAAUAUCUUAUCUCUUAAAGCUUCCUUCUCCCCUGCGCGAUUGAAGGAGACAGGGCCAGGAGGCUCACUGCUUCUGGCCCAGAGUGAUGGCUCGAAAGGAAGGGUCUCUGCAGGCCCAGAGAGGAGGUCCUGGCAGGCUUCCCGGAGGAGGCCGUUGGGGCUGGUUUGGGAAGGGCACUGCAAUUGUUCCGGCUUGUAGCAGGGGUGGGUGCGGGGCAGCGGCAAGAGUACCCCCGUCACCCUGGCCUGGGAACGCACCUGGGGCCGGGUCUGCCUCGGAGCGGCCCGAGGCCCCGAGAACCUCGGAAAGGGCCGGUUUCGUGGCCUUCCGGGCGGCGGAGGCUGUAAGGCUCCGACCCCGCGGACUAACAGGAAGCCGAGCGCAGCUGCGCGGCCGGCUCGGCAGAUGGACUGGUCGCGUCCGCGUCUCCGGGGCUGUGACAGGCGGAGGGAAGGCGGGUCGGGGAGAAGCCGGGAGACCUCCCCAGUGGACUCCAGCCCGGCGCAGGGGGCGAGUUCCGACGGGGCGGGACCCAAGGGGCGGGGUCUGUAGUCCCCGCCCACCCAGAAACGCGCCGGCGGGAUCCCAGGCGCCGAGCGCCCACUGAGCACCCCCCACUUUGCGCGCCGCCUGGAGCGCAGCUUCCCCGGGCCCUGCCUGGACAGGCCUGCCUGCGUGCUGGGACAUGUCUGGCCUCCAAGGACCGUCGGUGGGCGAUGGCUGCAACGGUGGAGGAGCCAGAGCUGGAGGCAGCUGCUGCCGCAGGAGAUGCUUCGGAGGAUUCGGACGCAGGGUCCAGGGCGCUGCCUUUCCUGGGCGGCAACCGGCUGAGCUUGGACCUGUACCCCGGGGGCUGCCAGCAGCUGCUGCACCUGUGUGUCCAGCAGCCUCUUCAGCUGCUGCAGGUGGAAUUCUUGCGUCUGAGCACUCACGAGGACCCUCAGCUGCUGGAGGCCACCCUGGCCCAGCUGCCUCAGAGCCUGUCCUGCCUCCGCUCCCUGGUCCUCAAAGGGUCGAUCUGGGACCUCGGACCCUGGCUCUGAGGGCCACAUCCGCCUCCCCCCUUCCCAGGAGGGCAACGCCGGGACACACUGGGUGCCUGUCUCCGGGGUGCCCUGACCAACCUGCCCGCUGGUCUGAGUGGCCUGGCCCAUCUGGCCCACCUGGAUCUGAGCUUCAACAGCCUGGAGACACUGCCGGCCUGUGUCCUGCGGAUGCGAGGUCUGGGUGCACUCUUGCUGUCUCACAACUGCCUCUCUGAGCUGCCUGAGGCUCUGGGGGCCCUCCCCGCCCUCACCUUCCUGGCAGUGACACACAACCGCCUGCAGACGCUGCCCCCAGCACUGGGGGCCCUAUCCACCCUGCAGCGCCUUGAUCUCUCUCAGAACCUGCUGGACACGCUACCUCCUGAAAUUGGAGGCCUUGGCAGCCUCCUGGAGCUCAACCUGGCCUCCAACCGGCUGCAGAGUCUCCCGGCCUCUCUGGCGGGACUUCGGUCCUUGCGGCUCCUUGUCCUGCACAGCAACCUCCUGGCCUCUGUGCCAGCUGACCUGGCCCGCCUUCCACUCCUCACCCGGCUUGACUUGAGGGACAACCAGCUCCGGGACCUGCCCCCUGAGCUGCUAGACGCUCCCUUUGUGCGCCUGCAGGGGAACCCCCUGGGCGAGGCCUCGCCAGACGCCCCAAGUUCACCAGUGGCAGCCCUCAUUCCAGAAAUGCCCAGACUGUUCCUGACCUCAGACUUGGACAGCUUUCCUGUGACCCCUCGAGGCUGCUCAGUGACCCUAGCCUGUGGCGUCCGCCUGCAGUUCCCAGCGGGAGCCACCGCCACCCCCAUCACCGUCCGCUAUCGGCUGCUGCUGCCAGAACCGGGCCUUGUCCCCCUGGGUCCUCAUGACGCCCUGCUCAGCCAUGUGCUGGAGCUGCAGCCCCACGGGGUGGCCUUCCAGCAGGAUGUGGGGCUGUGGCUGCUCUUCACCCCACCACGGGCCCGGCGCUGCCGUGAAGUGGUGGUCAGGACCCGGAAUGACAACAGCUGGGGUGACCUGGAGACCUACCUGGAGGAAGAGGCACCCCAGCGGCUCUGGGCUCAUUGCCAGGUGCCCCACUUCUCCUGGUUCCUUGUGGUUUCCCGCCCUGUGUCCAAUGCCUGCCUGGUGCCACCAGAGGGGACACUGCUGUGCUCCUCGGGUCAUCCUGGGGUCAAAGUCAUCUUCCCUCCUGGGGCCACUGAGGAGCCUCGUCGAGUCUCCAUGCAGGUGGUGCGCAUGGCUGGCCGAGAGCUACAGGCCCUCCUGGGAGAACCAGAGGCUGCAGUGAGCCCCCUGCUGUGCCUCUCACAGAGCGGUCCCCCCAGCUUCCUCCGACUGGUCACCGUGCAGCUGCCUCUGCCCUCUGGCAUCACAGGCCUCAGUCUGGACCGCUCCCGCCUGCACCUGUUGUACUGGGCCCCUCCUGCAGCCACCUGGGAUGACAUCACAGCUCAGGUGGUCCUGGAGCUCACCCACCUGUACGCACGCUUCCAGGUCACACACUUCUCCUGGUCAGUGCCCGCCAGCUUUCUCAGCUCCCCUCCCCCAGUCUGUACAGCCCUCCUUACCCCCAGCCCUCCCAGGUACUGGCUCUGGUACACCACCAAGAACUGCGUGGGAGGCCUGGCUCGGAAGGCCUGGGAGCGGCUGCGGCUACACCGUGUGAACCUCAUCGCUCUGCAGCGGCGCCGGGACCCUGAGCAGGUCCUGCUGCAGUGCCUGCCCCGAAACAAGGUGGACGCCACCCUUCGGCGGCUGCUGCAGCGGUACCGGGGCCCCGAGCCCUCUGACACGGUGGAGAUGUUCGAGGGUGAAGAGUUCUUUGCGGCCUUCGAGCGCGGCAUCAACGUGGAUGCUGACCGCCCUGACUGCGUGGAGGGCAGAAUCUGCUUUGUCUUCUACUCGCACCUGAAGAAUGUGAAGGAGGUAUACGUGACCACCACCCUGGACCGGGAGGCUCAGGCUGUGCGGGGCCAGGUGUCCUUCUACCGUGGCGCUGUGCCUGUGCAGGUGCCCGAGGAGGCUGAGGCUGCUCGGCAGAGGAAGGGCGCGGACGCCCUGUGGAUGGCCACUCUGCCCAUCAAGCUGCCGAGACUUCGGGGGUCCGAGGGGCCGCGGCGGGGGGCUGGCCUCUCCUUGGCACCCUUGAACCUGGGAGAUGCUGAGACUGGCUUUCUGACACAGAGCAACCUGCUGAGUGUGGCUGGGCGCCUGGGUCCGGACUGGCCAGCCGUGGCCCUGCACCUGGGCAUGUCCUACCGCGAGCUGCAGCGCAUCCGGCACGAGUUCCGGGAUGAUCUGGAUGGGCAGAUCCGCCACAUGCUCUUCUCCUGGGCUGAGCGCCAGGCUGGGCAGCCAGGGGCUGUGGGGCUCCUGGUGCAGGCCCUGGAGCAGAGUGACCGGCAGGACGUGGCUGAAGAGGUGCGCGCAGUCUUGGAGCUCGGCCGCCGCAAGUACCAGGAUGGCAUCCGACGCACGGGCUUGGCCCCCAAAGACCCCGCUCUGCCUGGCUCCUCAGCUCCACAGCCCCCAGAGCCUGCCCAGGCCUAGGCCCCACAGACUUUAGGCUGGGCCAGAUAUUCCCCAGCGGAUGGGCAGAGCCCCCACCUUCAAGUCUCUCCAGUGUGUGGGGACGGGUCCCUGUGAGCAACAAAACCGCACUGUUUCUUUCAC